AUGGUUUGCCGUUUCAUCGCCGUCGUAUUGCUCUACAGUUAUGCUUUGCAAAUCUUUGCCUCACCAAUUCCUUCGUCGGCCACAGAUGAACUCCUCACUUCGGCAAAAGAAUCAUCGAUAAUGACAAGAGUCGUAGUUGGAAACGUAUUGCAGUAUUAUUGUAACCACUCAGUGUACCCUUCCUGCUACAACUGUAGUAAUUUUAUCCGAGAAAUAACCAAGUCAAUAGAUUCAACUUUUCCCGAACUACACCUCAAUGAAACUUUGGAUUUCACAAACUACGACGAUUUCCAGAUGGCUUUAGUAAACAUGACCGCCGUGAUUUCACAAUACAACACCAGUAUCCAAAGCCAGCUAAACAGAGAACUCAACUAUCUUUGUGCCCCAGCAAGAAAAAUCGGAGUUCCCUGCCAUUACCCAAAUGCUUGUUUUCAGCAAACUACCAGAAAUGAUGCCGUUUUUUACUGCCAUCUACGGGAUGCCAAUUCACGCUUGAAAGAUUUGAAGCUACUUUUAUCGCAGAUGGUGCAAAGCUACGCUCUUCAAGACCCCGCCGUUGACAUCAAUCUCUUAGUAGAACCGGCGACCCCCAUAAUAGUGACCCGAUGGUUUUCAAUGGUCACUCUCCAUCAUCUACAAGAACAAGUUAGUCGAAUGAAAAACAAGCUUCUAUUAGUAAAAUUAUAAUCAGGGAUUUAUUUAAAUGAAACAUUUCAGAUGUGUGUGAGUGUGUGUGUGUGUGUGUCUGUAUGUGUUGUGUGUGUGUGUCUGUAUGUGUUGUGUGUGUGUGUGUCUGUGUUGUGUGUGUGUGUAUGCGCGUGCACGAAUGUGUGUAAAUAUGUAUAUUAUUUUACAUUAAUUUAUUCACACCUUAUGGCGAGCGUUGUGGUCAGGUAAUGGUCAAUCGUUUCUGCAAUACUGAAUCACUCCGGCCACUUCAGAUACGCUGCUGAUACCUUUGAAAACGCCAUCGAUUCUGCAUUCGGUGUUUUCUGAAACCGUAUAGGGCAUUUGAUUGUAAUCGAACUUCCAGAAAACAAAAUCAGUAUUUAUUUAAUGAA